CCGAGAACCAAGCCAAAAUUGGAAAGAAACAAAACUUGAUCAACGUUAGUGAUGGAACAACAUGUACGAAAUCGCCAACAAUCCAAGAAAAGAUUAAGAAAUUUACCACUCAAGGGUCGAACCCAAACAGAACCGAUUGAUUCUUUGGGCAAUUUGGGACUGGCUUGCUUUUCCGCAUGGACAACAGCAUAUUGUUUACAGGACGCUUCCCGUCGAUGAACAAAUUGCCAGUCACUUGAAAUACAUUUGAAUAUAUCGACCGCUCCCAAUCUAAGCAAUCAACCAUCAAACUGCGAAUUUCUUUCAGCAAAUUUUUGAUGCCCAGCACGGCGUAACAGAAAAAGUAAAAAAAAAAAAAGACGCCCACCCAGUCAUGGCGCCGCCCCGAGAAAUCCCAGGCUUCUUCUGGGACGAGGUCAGGAAGAAGUACUUCAAAAUCGAGCAGAGAGGCCCACCGGCGGCGUCGCAGUACUCGGCCCAAAACGUCAAGAAGCGGCGGGCCGAGGCGCACGACAAGGCCGUCAAAGCCAGGAGGGCCGCCAUCCCCAGCGUCAGGCCUGACGCUCGGAACCCGCUCGCGGACCCCAUCGUCGGCGGCAUGUUCAGGCACGACCUGGGCGAGCACCCGCCGGACCUGGCCAGGGCCUGCUGGGUCGACGGGCUGCAGUUCAAGGGCGCCGCCGCCGUGGGGAGACCCCGCGGUCAGCCCAUCGCCAGCUUCUUGGUCAGCGGUGCCGACAGCCAAGGGAGUGAUGGCGUUGUUAUUGCAGCAACGUCACGCGGAGAGAUGGCCAAGAGCGUAUUCUCGAGGGAUAGAUACAACCAUAUCCAGAACAACCCGAGCAGAAACUCAAUACGCGCCGCGAACGAAAUACCACCCAUACCAAUGACCAUCACCGGCCUAGCUUGGGGUCGUAGAAGCGAGGCCUUUGAGGACCCAGGCUGGCCAGUAUUUGCCUACUCGAGCGCGGAGCUCCACGGGGGCGUACCCAGCAUGCCGUUCUUGUACCUAACCCGCGAGCCCUCAAGUCUAAUCGACACGGGAUCCUUCAUCAAUCAGUACCAGUUCGAUUGUCCCGAGGGAACAUCUUGCAUACCGCCUGUCACUAGCUGCGUCGUGGCACCAGGGGCUGCACGGGGAAUCAUGGCCGUUGUAGGGACGAAGCGUGGGCUGGCGACCAUUGAGCGCACCGAGUUUGUGAGCCAGGUGGGCCUCGCGGCAAGAUCGCCCGGCAGCCGCAGCACGGGUAACACGGUGCUCGCCCUGGACUUUGUGAGCGACCACCCGGACGUGCUGGUGUUGGGUGGUCGGGGAGGCACGGGAAUAUGGACCACCGACCUCCGCGAGGCGGCGAGACAGCUGGGAAGAGGUGACGACGACACGGAUGUACUGGACCGACCACCACAACCAAACCUCCUCGCCUGCCACCCGGGCCGCACGGACGCACGCUACGCCGCGCUCAAAUUCCCCGAAUGCACCACACCCACUACUCGAGUGCGCGACCUACCAAACAGAGACCUGCUACACGUGCUCGGGGACGUCAAGCCCGCCCAGCCCCGGCGGUACGACACGAGCUGCCGUUGGCUCGAGCUGUCGCGCGACGCCGGCGGGGCCGUCAGCCACGUGGUCUCUCUAAACCAAUACCAGGUGCUGGCCGCCGGCAUCAGCGACCGCAUGGACGUGUGGGACAUGCGCCGUGGCUUCAACCAGCAGCAGCAGCCAUGUACCAGCUUCCCGGGCUACAAGAACGCCGCCCGUCUGGGGAUGGGGCUGGCCGUCUACAAGAAGCUCGGCAUCGUGGCCGCCGCCAACGACCAGGGGCCUGACAGCUUCUGCCCCGUCAAGCUGCACUCGCUAGCCACCGGAAAGGAGAUGCCGUGCCGCGCCCUCGACGACGAGAUUCAGCGGAUCCAGAGUCUAGAAGGGCCCACCUACAAGCCUCUGCUGGGCAUCCCGUCUCCCUGCCUGCGCUGGGAGACGCUGCCCGGCGAUCGAGACGCCAGCUUGUUCGUGUCCAGGGGCACUCAUGUGCUCAAGUUUAGCUUUGGCUUGGAGACUGGGCUGGUCGAUGAAUUUUGACAAGGCAAGGUGUCGCGUGUUGGGCACACAAGAACGGGGAAUGUUUUCUUCGUGCGUGUCCGCACUAGGCUGAGUAUACGAUGUCUCAGGAGGUGGACCGGACGAUGAGAAGAAGCAAAGAGAUUAUCGUAUUUCUCGGAUGCAUCAUGGCGUCUCACCGAAAGGUUUUCUGCAUCAAAUGCCAAGCCUAUAGACAGUCUACACAUCCUUGGCGAAAGGAGCAGGUGUCUGCUUGCUUCUUGCUUCCACCAUGUCUCGGGCACUCUGGGCUGUGGAAAUAGUGUCUGUCGUGCGUCAAUGCCGAUAUAAAAAGCAUGUCUCGCCAAGACGCAUGCUCGUGCUGUGACCUUGAUUGCCUGAGAAGAAACGUCUAGAGAAGAAGUUAAUUUUACUUGCACACCAGGGUAAACAGUGUUAAUUGUGAUUUAUAGUUUACACACAACGGUGAUGUUGGCAGACAUAGUGUGCGAAUCUCAUACAAUUGCCCGGGAAGCCGAUCGAGCACAGUUAACCACAUCAAUUGACGACGUCGCGAAUAAUUUUUAAGGUUUUAAGCAUUA